AUGGGGGGCCAGGGGCCGAAGUCAUUGUUCCCUUUCAAGGACGACCUCCUAGAAUACUUGCGCGGCCGACGCGCCAAGAAGAAGUACCUCCGGUACAUCGAGGCCAAGAAGAGCUACGAGUCAUUCGGACACCUUCUUCGUCACGUUUGCAAGCGCCAUCGAUUCUCCCACCGCAUUCCAUGCGCCAACAAGGUGCACCGGUUUGUGCUCGACAAUGUGUAG